AUGGAACAUGAGGCUACCCAGCUAGAAAAGCAGCACGUGCAUAGUGUAUAUGAAAACAUAGCUGCCUACUUUAGUGAUCUGCAGAGCAAAGCAUGGCCUCGUGUUCGAAACUUUCUGCUGGAACAGAAGCCUGGCAGUCUUGUUGCUGACAUAGGUUGUGGAACUGGAAAGUAUCUCAGCGUUAACAGUCAGGUAUAUAAUCUUGGCUGUGAUUACUGUGGACCUUUGGUAGAGAUUGCAAGGAAGAAAGAUGAUGAAGUUCUGGUAUGUGACAACCUUAACCUUCCCUUUAGGGACCAAUGCUUCAAUGCAGUCAUUUCCAUUGGAGUGAUCCAUCAUUUCUCAACUAAAGAAAGAAGAAUCAGGGCAAUAAAAGAAAUGGCGAGGGUAUUGAUACCUGGAGGCCAGAUGAUGAUUUAUGUUUGGGCUAUGGAACAAAAGAAUCGUCGCUUUGAGAAACAAGAUGUCUUUGUUCCUUGGAACAAGGCCUUGUGCUCACGGCAUUUUUCAGAAUCAAAUCAGUCUGGACAUAAGGGUGAGUUCGUGCACACUGUGAAAAGCCAAGACAUAGACCCAGCACAGCUAGUCAUCUCUGAUUGCAGCUACCAAACCAAUCUGCAGCCAGAAACUGAUUCAAAACAUUCCCACAAUAGGGACCACUGCUUGUCCAGAGCCUGUUGCGUGAAAAUUUCGGAAGAAGAAAACAGAUUUUACAGUGCUUUAGGAAAAUCUUUCCGCUCGUGGUUUUUCUCCAGGUCACUUGAUGAAUCAGCCCUGAGAAAGCAAACUGAGAAAAUGAAGCCUCUGAAGAAUGAAGAAUGGGCAAACAGUACUGUACCAGUUCAGCAUUCACGACACUGCAGUUUGGAUUUAGGUCACCAUCGGGCACUGUUAAAAGAACAAAGUUUAGAUGAUGAUGAUGUGUUCGUGGAAAGUCUGCCUCUCAAAAAACCACAGUGGUCACCAGCCACAGAUGCACUGAAGGAUUUAAGUUUACAUGGAGGACAGCAAAGUGUAGCUCAGAGUGAGAGGGAAAAAGCCUCAUUUAUAAAUGGCCCAGUGGAAGACAGAGACUACAGCUGCAGUUGUAAUAAUGAUGGUGCUGGUAAGUCUAAUGCCAGCAAGUUUUUCAAAAGAACUUCAACAGCUGACUCUUCUGACUCUGCUUUGGAUUCAGCAGUGUCUGUUGGGGACCAAACUGAUGCCAUGUUGGAUACAAAAGCCUUCAUGCGUUACUAUCAUGUUUUUCGGGAAGGGGAGCUGUGCUUCCUGAUAGAAGAGAAUGUGCCUGAGCUUCAGAUACUUUCUUCCUGUUAUGACCAUGGAAACUGGUGCAUUAUUGCAGAGAAAAGAGGAACAUAG